UACCAAUCAGCAAACAAGACUUUUGGAUCAGGCGAAUUUUUCUGCGGAUCAGCCAAUUCGAGCUCAGUUUAUCUCCAGUUUGGUAAAACCCAGGAUGUGAUUGCUUGUUUUUCUGUACUCUAUGAUAUACAGUGUUUUGUAAACUGUGCUCUGAGGACAAAAUUUCUGAGACAAGAAGCAAGAACUGCCCUUGAUUCAAGAUGGCGGACUCUGCUGUCAGCAGUACUGAUGCAAAACUCCUGAAGAAGUUGGGUGGAGUUGGGCUGGUAAUGACUAUUAUUUUCACCAUUUCGGUAAGUUCAACGGUAUGAUUUUCGGUAAAAUUUCCGCACAGCCUCAUACAUUUAUCGUGUAUGCCUGUGCGGAAGUCAUAAUUUAAGGUGUCGGUAGGUAAGAUUCAAAACUGGUACAUGAGUAGCCUGUGGAAACAGACGUGUUUCCAGUCGUCACUUCUCUCCACCUGAAAAUAACAUCUGCGACCUGAGCGGCCAAACAGUUUCCGUGACGUAAAACCUCUUUUUUUAUGUUGUCCAAUGAGACCAAAGGAUAGAAUACAGCUCGAAUGACUUCUAGUGACCUCGCACGGUGGAAUGUCUAGGAUUUUCGCGAGUUUUUUGAAAUACGCUUUGGGACAUGAAUUUCACGACUAUAACAAGGUUUUGAUGGCUCCUUAAGCUAUGCAUGUGAUUGAAUGGCAGAAAUUGAAUGUUUGCCCACAGGCAUCCCAAACUCACUGAAGUGACUGCUUGUUAAAAUUAAUACAUGUUGCAAUGUUGCGUUACGAAGAGAUUUAUGUAUGGGAUUGUAUGGGAAAAGUCAAAAUUAAAACAAAACUCACCUGAAACGAAAUAAAGUACACAUACUUGUGCUCUAUUUUGUUUCCUUGUGUAUUUCUUAGGCGAUUUGGUAUUAAUUAAAAAACCGGUUUGGAGCUGAUGUGCAAGUUUUUUCCUCUGCAUCUGCAAUGCGUGAAAAUAGAAUUGGCCAAAAGCUCGCUUAGAAAGGAAAGUGCUUUAAAAAAAUUGUCACAAAUUCCUUUCCAAAAAAUACACUACAGGUUGCAAGCAUACACACUCUGUAAAUAGCUGUUUUUAGAAGCUAACAGGGUAACAAGAAUUUCUGGACCAUGAUACGGGUAUAUUACUGUACCAGGUCAACUAAACACUGCCAGACAAUGGCUAUGCCAAACAAAACAAUGUUAGUUGCUGAUUCUGUAGCAAAUAAAUCAUGCUGAGAACUACCCGAAAUUAGGAAAGAAAGAAAGAACCCUCUGGUACCCAGGGUACUAUCAGUAAGAAAAGCUACUUAUUGUUGUGUCAACUUGUAAAUUCUGUUUAGAGUAUUGCCUCUAUGUAAUUUUCUGUCUGUAAGUAUCUGUUUUUGUUAAGAUUGCAAUAAAUAGAUAAAUAAAUAAAGAAUUCAACUUCAUGCAAACAACACUGCAGAACUGAGCCCAACAUUACAAAGCAUAGCAGGAAAUCAACACAUUCAUUCAAAGUAUGUCCUUUCUUUGGAUAAAUUCAAACAAAGCUUCUUGCUUGAGCAACUUUGAUUCAGUUGUCGGAUUUUUGCAAAUUUGGAAGUUUAGCCAGAGAUUUCUGAAUCACACCUCUAAAAGAACACAAGGUCUCUUUGAAUUGACGUUCAUUAUUUUAAAUGUAAAAACCGGUUUUCAUACUGGUGCACUGAAUUUCUUUGAUGAAGCCAAUCAAGUUUGCUAUUACAUCGUUAAUUCCCUGCGCACAUGGGAGUAACCAAUUGGUGACCCUGCUCAGAUUUUGAACUGAUUUCUCACAGCCAUGGAAAUGACAUAGCUUACUUGUGUGACCAGAGGUCCAUCUCAGGAGCUUUAUUAAAUUGUAAGCAUGGUUUAUUUCAUCCUAAGUAUUUUGUAAAUGGACGUCCGAAGCCAGGGUAUCCAUUAGCUAAAAUUUCCAGAAACUUAAAUCGAUAUAUAAAUGGAACACUUUGGUCCCUGGAGAUGGAAAUUUUCUGAAAAAAGUCGUCCACCUAGGCUUGAUUACCAGCCACUGUUCAGAAAAAUGAGCCUGUUUCCAGUGCCACUUGGCUGAGAAGUUAUUAAAAUUUCGGUUGAAAAGUAAAUGGAAUACUUCAGUGCAGAUGGAAACUUUGCUUUAUUCGAACAAUGUCGUUCCAUGUCUCCUGAUUAGUUCCACUGGUUUCUGACCAGUAUUAGCCUGCGUCGCAGACGCUCUAAACCUUCUGUAUAUAGCGUCUGCGAAUUAGUGCACAAUAUCGUGUUCGAAUCCCGUAGAGUCGCAAAGAAAUAUGUCGGCGUUAUUGAUUGGCUAUUUUCUUUCGCAGUUUGUGAUUAGUCCGAUUUGAAUUAAGCGUUGACAGGCCAAACAUGACUCAUAGCUCGUGACCAGAGAGACUGAGCUCGUGAUAGUGUGAAACGUGACUUUAGAGACCCCUAGAGUAGCUUGAACAACAGAUGUUUUUCUUCCUCUCUUUUUGCGUAAUUUAUACAGUGCGGGGAGUAUUCUACAAUUUGACUGAGCAAAUUUUUUUUUUUGCCGCUUUGAGUCUCACCUUUAGCUACAUUUAGAGGUUGUGAAGCUGGUCUGUUUCAUACAUAUUGAGUAAUUAGUUCCUGUAGUUUAUUUUUUGGCAAAUGUUUUCUAAGACGAUUUGAUCACAGAUGCAUAAAUGAUUUUCUUUUACCUCUGAUUAAGCCUUAAGCUUCUUUAUUGCGGCUAAAUAACCUUAGUUUCUUUGGUUUUCAACGAAACGCUUGGACCUGAAUAGCUACAUGUGUGUAGUUUUUUUUUUUUUUUAUCGUGAAUAACGUGAUGAUUUCUUCAUUUGUUUUGACUCUAGAACUGUCGGCUAGAUUACAGAAUACGCAGUAGUACAUCUGCAGCGAUUGGAAGACGCUGGGAAACCAGCCGGCAAAUUUACUAGCAAAUUCUGGCCUUGAAGGAAUUAUCUCAAAGCGUUUUUUUGCUCAGAAGACGGCUCUAAAGUUCGAACUGAUCUUUCAUUGAUUACUGUAAACGAUCCUUGCCAACUCCCUUCUGUGAAUUUUGACAUGUCACUGCGCCCAACCGUCACGCACACGUAAAAAUUAGGCCAAUCGUGCGGCUCGUAAGAAACCCGCCUAUCAGAAACGCUCACAUAUGUCCUUGCGACUCUGCAGGAUAUUAGAACGAGCUUUUGUGCACUAAUUCGCAGACGGACUAUACAAAGGGUUUAGACGAGUGCGUGGGCCGGCUGCAACGCAGGCUAACCAGUAUUGGUUUGGCAAAAUGGAGAGCGCUCCAGAACUGCUGAGUUAUUGAGGGAGUUAGGUUGCAGUUGAGACAAUGUUCUUUCCUCAUGACACAACAAUUACAGUGUACAUGUAGUUACCUUUGCUUUAUUUGCUUUUGUUUAGUGUUGAAUGUUGUUAAAUGUUUGUGGCGAAUUCAUUAAACUAAACUCAACCAAAUGUCCAUUUAUUGGAGGUGUUUGUUAGUGGAGGUUGACAGCAUUCACAACACCUCAAGUGUAUUUAAUUAUGCUGAUCAGUGACAACCUUUUCAGAUUGGACUUCUUAUUGUCAUUCUUGUGAAACGGCAAAUACUGAGGAUGUUAUUGCUGUCAAAAAGAGGACCGCACUCCCCUGUUGGAAGCGAUGCACCUAGAGUAAGUUACCUGUAAUGUAGGGCAUACAGUGUAGCUUAGCUUAGCUGGCAGAUAAUUUACUUUGGAUCUCAAGGUGGCUGCUUCAAACCUUGAUUAAUUUUAACAUACAUAGUAACGUAUUAGCUCAAAUAAGUGCGCAUGCUCUAAUAAGUGCACACCCUUCCUGGAAUAAGCACCCAACCCCUGGCCAAAAUAACAAAAAAGUGCUCUCCUUGAAUAAGUGCCCUCUCCCCUCUCCCAUCACUUUCUUCGUAAGGAUAAGAGGAAAACCUGUUUCUAUUGCCACUUAAUAGACCUUUUUAGCUUGUAUGUUUUGUUUUCCCAAUUCAGACCACCUGAUGUUCUCCAGGAACUUUUCCUUUUGUCUUUUCAUUAAUUAUGCAUACAAAUGCAUGUGGAUACACGUGCAUAAGACGACAUUUGAAAGAAACAGUUCUCUGGGGUACCAUAACGUUGUCUGAAAUGGGAAAACAAAACAUACAAGCUUAACAGGUCCAUUGAUAACUCCAUCUGUCAACUGUAUAAAUGGCACUAAGGUACGCUUGGUUACCAACUGGAGAACCUUAAGACGGAAUCCACGAGGAAAUUGAGUAAUUUUGAUUUUCCGCGGACGAAAACCUUGUACCAGAAUAAUUUAAAGCAUUUGCAUUCUUUUUUACCUUUUUCAAGGGCUAAAGAUGUAAUUAUUCAUCUGUAAUAAUGCAAAAGAAAUUUUCUUAUUGGAUCCUGAGAAAAUGAAUGUCAAAUUUCAAAAAUUACAUCUUACACUUAAAAUCUCACAAUUUUACCUGUGUUUUCACAAUUCUUGGGAAAUUUGCAAUAUUCUUUAAAUUAUUCUGGUACAAGGUUUUUGUCCACUGAAAAUUAAAAUUACUCAAUUUUCUGGUGGAUUAAUUCCAUCUUAAUAAGUGCUCCCUUGGUUAAGUACCCUCAUUCUAAUAAGUGCCUAUCCAGUAACUGCCUGUUUCAAGUGGGAGUCAACCCUCCCCUAUCCCGUAUCCCCUCCCCCAUCCUCAACUCCUCAUAAAUUAUGCUUCUAUGUAAGUCUCUGGUAACAGACAUGGGAUUAGUUUCUUGCUGAAUGGGUAGGUAGCUUGUGGCUUGGAUAGCCUGGAGUUACUUGCAUACACUGUACAGCAGUGUGGCUGAGUAACAUGUGCAUUCAUUUUCAUCUAGAUUAUCAAAAAGUAUAUUUCCACUCCGAUUAACACAUCUAUUAAAAUUUCUUCACAUUUACAGCUUAUUACACAUUAAUGUAAUUUGUGCAUAUUGUGUUUCCGAUCAAUUAGAGUUUAGGAAGAGAGAUUUCAGCUCAGUUACAAAGGAUUUCUCAAUUAAGGAUGGAGCCAAGAAUGUUGUCAGAACAGUUCAACAAACCAGUGGAUGGCUCUGCCAACUAUGAAUCUCCAUCAGGUACCCAUGACAAAAUAAUAUUCUCCCUAUCAUUUUUUAUUUAUUUUUUUUACAGUUUUAGUCAUUGCAAUUGUAUGAGAACAUUCCAACAAGUUAACCAGAGUUAAGUCAUAAAGAAUAUAUGAUCAUUAUUCUCGACUGGCAAACCCUCCACCUACCCUUCCCCUAAUCUAACAUUUUAACAUUGGUUAAGGGGAGGGGUGGGUGGAUAGUUUCCCAGAAUUUUAUACUGAUCCAAAUGUAUUAACAGAUAGUAUAGAGCAAAUUAAGGGGAGAUGAUCAAUUUGGGUUUGCCUCAGCAUGAACUUUAAGUUACAGAGGGUUUGAGUCACCAGCAAACAAUCUUACUACCAGCACAAGUUUCUUGUUAAGGGUAUUCCUCAACUCAAAAGUGUUGAGGUUAUUCUUCAACUCAAAGUGCUGCACAGUAACUUAAUUAAAAUAAUAUUUUAAAAAUAAUUUUAUUAUGCAGUCAACUGUCUCAUAAGUGACCUCCCUUGGUGCACGGUAAAGUAGUCGCUUUUGGGGGGUGGUCAUCUACAGGAAAAAUCAAGAAAAUACACAAUGUAAGCUCAAACUGAAAAUAUUAACAUACACGUAACUACAUAAAGUUGUUGCCUUACAAGCUAAAAUGUAGGUAAAUAGACAACUGUCAAUAAUCUUGUGCAUUGAAUAAUAUUGCUUGGAACUGUUGAAACUUCGUACACACAUAUAACAUUUUUGCAUCUAUGUACAUGUAAGAAUCCACCUUUUUACCCCCAGCUCAUAAAUACAGCCAUCUUUUCUGUAAGUUAACUGCUAUAUCUGUCAGCAUGCGCAUGCUUGGUCAGUGCUAACAAAAACUGAACUUUCGUAACAUUCGAGCCAUGGUUUUCUUACAAUCAUACGAGAUCAUUUUGGGUGGUUGGUUAUGGGAAACAGAAAACAAAAGAAUAUGUCAAAUUUCUGGUUUAAAAAGUGGUCACGGUUGUUAAGAUAUUUAAGUAGUGGUCGCUUACGAGAGAGCUGAGAAACCAAAUGGUGAUUUUCAAAGUGAUCGCUAACGAGAAGUGGUCCCUAUGAGAUAGUUGACUGUACGUACCUCCAGUUUACCAAGUUUUCAGGUUGUGGCAAAAAGCAUACCAGUAUUAAUUUUGUCAACAUUUUAUUUUUCCACUUACAGUACGUGUAUCAUAAAGGUGAUUACUCAUCAGAAAUACUAUUGUGCUUUUUUUCCUGAAGAUCAAUACACAAGGAGCUACAAAUACAGAAUGAAGGCAAUGGAUAAAAUGACUGAACUAGGUUGGUGGGAAAUUAAAAUACCUGAAUAUCGUAUUUAUUCGAUUAAACUCCACCCUUAAAUAAAAGCCACCCUCGAUUAAACGCCGCAGAUGAAAGCAAUUAUCAAUAAAACGCCGCCCUCAAAUAAAUGCCUCACUUAAUGAAAAGAAUGCGGCAUUUAAUCAAGGAUAAUGGGAAAAAACUGAGUACAACUUGGUACAUUGUAAUCUACACCAUCCAGACAAUUACGAUUCUAUCUCAGCAAAAUAAGAGACAUUGGAACCUUUUUAAACAGUACAUAAUAUUUAAAAAACUAUUUACAGUAACUGUUGUCAGUGAUUUAAGAAAAGUGAUUUCAAAGCAAAUACCACCCUCGAAUAAAUGCCCCCCUUACAUAAACGCCGCAUCAGAAACACUGAAAAUUUAAUAAACGCCGCGGCAUUUAAUCAAAUAAAUACAGUACAGUCAACUCUCUCUAAGACGGACACCUUUAGGACCCUCACUAAGUGUUCGUCUUAGAGAGGUGUCCGUCUUAUAGAGAGUCAAAUAAAGAGAGUAAAGAAAGACAAGGACCAACUCUAGGUGUCUGUUUUACAGAGGUGUCCGUCUUAUAGAGGUGUCUGUUAAGAGAGAGUCGACUGUAUAUGUAUCUAGAACCUUAUGCCAUUAUUGAAGCCCAGCAAAGGUUAUUCUUAUGGACUUUAAAACUUCGUGCGAUAAAUAUUUUUGUUGUUGUUCUUUUGUCAAUCAAGAUGAGAAACAAUAAAUUAUGGAGAAGCUGCUAGAAGGUGUUAAGCCUUGACAUAAAAUUGUCUUCAAAUUAACCAUUCAGUCGAGGCCUUUGUUAGUCAAGCUUGCUUUAGCAUAGUGAGACUCUAAAAAUGCAGGCGUUUUUUUUGGUUGGUCUUCCCCAAAUGGUCGGCCAUGGUCCCAGGCAUUCCUAGUGGAGACGGUGGAAACUGGGGAUAAGAAUCGUUAUGACUUUCGUUGUAUGGAAAUGUGUCUUGUAAUAAGCAUGCGGUUUAAUUUUGGAAAUGACUGAAAUAAUGCACAAUGUUUAUCACGUAGUUCUUUGGCAAAAUUUUUUCUUCCAUGCAAAAAAUCCUGCUUUAUAUUUUUUCGACAAAACAGGUUACGUUUCAUGCUUAUAUGACAUUGCAAGGUGAUAAAAUCGCAAAUGCAAAACAGGCAUAACAAAGCAAAAACUGUAAACACGUGCUUUCUCUAGAGACUUUUUUUUUUUAAAUAAUUUGGUUAUGACCUUCACAUGAGAAAAAUUAAACACAGAGCUGAACGUGACAGAAGGGAUAGUUUUGUAAACACAUGUAGGGGGUCAGGGUAGCGCAGAAUCUGCAUGUUUCAAAAACAAUGUACAAUUUUCAGAAUGCUAUGUUUUGAAAAGAAAAACUUGGAAAGAUAAAAUUAAUGCAUUAUAUGGUCAUGUCGCGUACAAAUCCACACACUAUUCAUGGUAGACCCACACUAAAAGAUGUCGAGUGGUUUUAGUUGAAAUCGUUGAUUAGUUGGAACAAUUGAUUACUUCAGUGGUGGAAAAAAAGAAUAAUCUUCAUGAGCAAAACUUUGAGGUUUAUUUGGAAAAUUAGGAUCGAUGAUCGGGGAUCCACAAUCAGGGAUCGAGGAUCGGUGAAAAAAAACUUGAAAAUAAAAUAGAUAAAUAAAUUGUGGAUCAUGGUGAUGUGAGCCACAGGCUAUAGAUGAAUUUCACAAAACAUAACCCUGCUUGCUGUACUGAGCACUAAAUUUAAGUAAACUACAUUGUACUCCAAGUCUGACUGAUUCAGUGAUUGUUUUGUCGAGAAACUGAAAUUUUCCUGGAAAAUGAAAUGGCUUUAUCCCAGUGAUACUGUGAUAAAAUGCACUCUGUGUACAGGUCUAAACAUUGUACUCUGAGAUCGCGUAAACAUCAACUGUACAAAGAUAUUAAAAGCAGAUACUAAGCAGCCAAUGAAAGUGUAAUUUAUUAUUACUUUCAUGCAAUUUUGAUAUCUUAUAAAAUGGACAACAAAUUCAACAGGAAUACGCGUGAACUGAAUUAACUGUCUGUUGUAUAAGGUUGUGCUAAACUUACACAUUUUUCCUGUGCUGAACAAAAACUGUACCAAUCCGUAUCUUGCCCACUUGUUAGGGUAUAUACAUUUAUACUGGUAAAAAUCAAUGUUCAAUGUUUUGAGUGUAAAAUCCCUGAAAGGGUUCUCCUCAUUGGAGUAAGAUCUGUCUGUCCUUGCAAUUUUUAUGUUUUGAGUAUUUAUGUUAAUUUUUUGUCUCUGGUAAUUUUUGUUUUUCUUUUGUUUUUGAGCAUGGUAAUGUAUGCUAAUAAAGUCGAAACACAGGAAAAAUAAAAAUUACCUGAGAUAAAAAAAUUAACUACAACAUUUACAUUAUGAUAAUUAUAUGGUGUAUACUGGUAGCACUCGUUUUGUAUUCCAAACGAAAAGUAGCAUAACAGCACCAGCUGACAAUAAAACUUAUCUUUAAGCAAGCGAGACUCAACGCUACUAAGAGCGUUCAUGUUUUGAUGAGAUUAUUAUUACUCUAACUUUUACCACUAUUAAUUAUUGCUCUAGCUAUUAUUGUUCUAUCAAUCUCAACUUCAUAUGCAUUAAAUUUUUGCAUAAUAACAUUGAAUUACUCACACUGAUGUAAUGUCUGGUAAAUUCUCUUCGUACAUUUCUAUAUUUUUUAUAUUUCCUGAAAAUAUGCUUUGUUUUGAUUCAGGACUCUAUAAGUAUUUGUUAAGUCUUGGUAACCAAGCAUUCUCUUUAAAUCCUGAGGCAGUGGUGCUACAUGCACAGUGUUACAGGAGAAUACACCAUGCACUUUGCGCCUGCACCUCUGGAUUCAGAGGGAAUGCUUGGUUACCAAGACUUUGCAAUUGAGUUGUGAAUGAAAACAAAGCCUUUUUCUAGACUUUUCUACAAGAAUUAACCAGGAGAUGACAAAAAACUACUUCAGUGUGAGUAAUUCGGCUUUAUUACUCAAAAAUGUAACCUUUAUUUAGUUGAAACCCAUUUUUUCCUAUACAAUGUAGCUAAUGCUCUAAUGUGUUACUCUGUAGACAAAAUCCUAUGGUGAUUAUGGUGUUCAUUCAAGUGAAACCUCUUUGGGAGACCUUUUGCAUAUUUCUAUUAAUUUUUUUUCUCAGGGCUUUACUAAAAGAAACUUGAAUUUUUUGAGUGAAAGGGUUAACAUUUUUUUAAAAUACAUCCUCUUGUGUUAAAGUCUUGACUGUGCUUUUUCAUGACCUGUUACCUGUCAAGGAAAAUGGUACCUUGUUUAUUUCAUACAUCAUUCUGAAACAUCUCCAAUGUUCCAUUGUUUACUCUCUUUAUUUUUUACAUCCUUUCUAUGGACAGAUGAUCUAUUAUGCACAAUUGACUUCAAGUACAGUCGAAAGAAGAAACAAUCUGUCAGGGAACACCUCAAGUCUCUCCAGAAGCCACCUUGCAAUGUGAUACGAGGUGGAGAUGACACUAUUGAUGAGGUCUCAGAUAUGUAUGAACAUGCAAGGUUUGAAACUAAGGUAAAUUUUAUUAUUCACGAAUGAUCCUAACAAUAAUUAAUAAUAAUAAUAAUAAUAAUAAUAAUUAAGAAUUUAUAUUGCGCAGUUUUCAUGACGAGAUGAUCAACUGUGCAUUAAAACAAUGCAUGGAACAAAAAUAACUAAAAUAAAUGAUAAAAUUAGUAAGAAAUACAUCACCCGUAUAUAGAAUAAAAAGCCUUACUAAAAGGUACAUCUUUAAAAGUUUUGCUAAAAAUAAAAUUAAUAAAAAUGACAUAGUUGUGUAUAGGUAUUAAGUAAACCUAACUAAGAAUGAAAAGCCAUACUAAAAAGAUGUGUCUUUAAAAUUUUUUUAAAAGUGUCAACAGAUUUGGCCUUUCUAAUUUCCAGAGGUAAAUCGUUCCAGAGUUUAGGUGCCAAAGCAACGAAAGCACGGUCGCCCAGGGUAGUUAAAGUUUUAAAAUUUGGGUGAGACAGCAGUAUUCUGUCGUUAUAUCGCAGUCUUCUUCUACUGAUCUUUUUUGUAACUCCACUUUUGUAUUCGGGUGAGACAGCAGUAUUCUGUCGUUAUAUCGCAGUCUUCUUCUACUGAUCUUUUUUGUAACUCCACUUUUGUAUUCGGGUGAGACAGCAGUAUUUUGUCGUUAUAUCACAGGCUUCUUCUACUGAUCUUCUUCUACUGAUCUUUUUUGAUCUUUUUAACUCCACUUUUGUAUUCGGGUGAGACAGCAGUAUUCUGUCGUUAUAUCGCAGUCUUCUUCUACUGAUCUUUUUUGUAACUCCACUUUUGUAUUCGGGUGAGACAGCAGUAUUCUGUCGUUAUAUAUUCUGUCGUUAUAUUUGUCGUUAUAUCGCAGUCUUCUUCUACUGAUCUUUUUUUUUUUGUAACUCCACUUUUGUAUUCGGGUGAGACAGCAGUAUUUUGUCGUUAUAUCGCAGUCUUCUUCUACUGAUCUUUUUUGUAACUCCACUUUUGUAUUCGGGUGAGACAGCAGUAUUUUGUCGUUAUAUCACAGGCUUCUUCUACUGAUCUUUUUUGUAACUCUUUUGUAUUUCAGUAUUCUGUCGUUAUAUGCAGUCUUCUUCUACUGAUCUUUUGUAACUCCACUUUUGUAUUCGGGUGAGACAGCAGUAUUCUGUCGUUAUAUCGCAGAUCUUUUUCUUCUACUGAUCGGGUGAGACAGCAGUUUUUGUAACUUCCACUUUUUGUAUUUGGGUGAGACAGCAGUAUUCUGUCGUUAUAUCGCAGUCUUCUUCUUCUUCUCCACUUUUGAUCAGUAUUUUGUUUUUGUAACUCCACUUUUGUAUUCGGGUGAGACAGCAGUAUUCUGUCGUUAUAUCGCAGUACUGAUCUUUUUUUCUCCACUUUUGUAUUCGGGUGAGACAGCAGUAUUUUUUCGUAACUUCCACUGAUUUUUGUAACUCCACUUUUGUAUUCGGGUGAGACAGCAGUAUUUUGUCGUUAUAUCGCAGUUAUAUCGCAGGCUUCUUCUACUGAUCUUUUUGUAACUUUUUGUAUUCGGGUGAGACAGCAGUAUUUUUCUGUCGUUAUAUCGCAGUCUUCUUCUACUGAUCUUUUUGUAACUCCACUUUUGUAUUCGGGUGAGACAGCAGUAUUCUGUCGUUAUAUCGCACUGUCUUCUUCUACUGAUCUUUUUGUAACUCCACUUUUGUAUUCGGGUGAGACAGUAUUCUGUCGUUAUAUCGCAGGCUUCUUUCUGUCGUUAUAUCGCAGUCUUCUUCUACUGAUCUUUUUUUGUAACUCCCACUUCUACUGAUCUUUUUGUAUUCGGGUGAGACAGCAGUAUUCUGUCGUUAUAUCACAGUCUUCUUCUACUGAUCUUUUUUGUAACUCCACUUUUGUAUUCGGGUGAGACAGCAGUAUUCUGUCGUUAUAUCGCAGUCUUCUUCUACUGAUCUUUUUUGUAACUCCACUUUUGUAUUCGGGUGAGACAGCAGUAUUCUGUCGUUAUAUCGCAGGCUUCUUCUACUGAUCUUUUUUGUAACUCCACUUUUGUAUUCGGGUGAGACAGCAGUAUUCUGUCGUUAUAUCGCAACUCCACUUUUGUAUUUCUUCGUUAUAUCGCAGUCUUCUUCUACUGAUCUUUUUGUAACUUUUUGUAACUCCACUUUUGUAUUCGGGUGAGACAGUAUAUUUGUCGUUAUAUCGCAGUCUUCUUCUACUGAUCUUUUUUGUAACUCCACUUUUGUAUUCGGGUGAGACAGCAGUAUUCUGUCGUUAUAUCGCAGUCUUCUUCUACUGAUCUUUUUGUAACUCCACUUUUGUAUUCGGGUGAGACAGCAGUAUUCUGUCGUUAUAUCGCAGUCUUCUUCUACUGAUGAUCUUCUUCUACAGAUCUUUUGUAACUCCACUUUUGUAUUCGGGUGAGACAGCAGUAUUUUGUCGUUAUAUCGCAGGCUUCUUCUUCUACUGAUCUUUUUGUAACUCCACUUUUUGUAUUCGGGUGAGACAGCAGUAUUCUGUCGUUAUAUCGCAGUCUUCUUCUACUGAUCUUUUUGUAACUCCACUUUUGUAUUCGGGUGAGACAGCAGUAUUUUGUCGUUAUUUUGCAGGUCUUCUUCUACUGAUCUUUUUGUAACUCCACUUUUUAUUCGGGUGAGACAGCAGUAUUCUGUCUCUUCUACUGAUCUUUUUGUAACUCCACUUUUGUAUUCGGGUGAGACAGCAGUAUUCUGUCGUUAUAUCGCAGUCUUCUUCUACUGAUCUUUUUUGUAACUCCACUUUUGUAUUCGGGUGAGACAGCAGUAUUUUGUCGUUAUAUCGCAGUGAGACAGCAGUAUUCUUCGUUACUGAUCUGAUUUUUUGUAACUCCACUUUUGUAUUCGGGUGAGACAGCAGUAUUCUGUCGUUAUAUCGCAGUCUUCUUCUACUGAUCUUUUUUGUAACUCCACUUUUGUAUUCGGGUGAGACAGCAGUAUUCUGUCGUUAUAUCGCAGAUCUUCUUCUACUGAUCUUUUUGUAACUCCACUUUUGUAUUAUUCGGGUGAGACAGCAGUAUCUUUUUGUAACUCCACUUUUUUUGUCGUUAUAUCGCAGUAUUCUGUCGUUAUAUCUACUUCUGAUCUUUUUUUCUCCACUUUUGUAUGAGACAGCAGUAUUUUGUCGUUAUAUCGCAGUCUUCUUCUACUGAUCUUUUUUGUAACUCCACUUUUGUAUUUUGUAUUCGGGUGAGACAGCAGUAUUCUGUCGUUAUAUCGCAGUCUUCUUCUACUGAUCUUUUUUCUUCUACUGAUCGGGUGAGACAGCAUUUUUUGUAACUCCACUUUUGUAUUCGGGUGAGACAGCAGUAUUCUGUCGUUAUAUCGCAGUCUUCUUCUACUGAUCUUUUUUGUAACUCCACUUUUGUAUUCGGGUGAGACAGCAGUAUUCUGUCGUUAUAUCGCAGUCUUCUUCUACUGAUCUUUUUUGUAACUCCACUUUUGUAUUCGGGUGAGACAGCAGUAUUCUGUCGUUAUAUCGCAGUCUUCUUCUACUGAUCUUUUUUGUAACUCCACUUUUGUAUUCGGGUGAGACAGCAGUAUUUUGUCGUUAUAUCGCAGUCUUCUUCUACUGAUCUUUUUUGUAACUCCACUUUUGUAUUCGGGUGAGACAGCAGUAUUCUGUCGUUAUAUCGCAGUCUUCUUCUACUGAUCUUUUUUGUAACUCCACUUUUGUAUUCGGGUGAGACAGCAGUAUUUUCGUUAUAAGUCUUCUUCCUGAUCUUUUUUGUAACUCCAUUCGGGUGAGACAGCAGUAUUCUGUCGUUAUAUCGCAGUCUUCUUCUACUGAUCUUUUUUGUAACUCCACUUUUGUAUUCGGGUGAGACAGCAGUAUUUUGUCGUUAUAUCGCUUCUUCUACUGAUCUUUUUUGUAACUCCACUUUUGUAUUCGGGUGAGACAGCAGUAUUCUGUCGUUAUAUCGCAGUCUUCUUCUCCUGAUCUUUUUUGUAACUCCACUUUUGUAUUCGGGUGAGACAGCAGUAUUCUGUCGUUAUAUCGCAGUUAUAUCGCAGUCUUCUUCUACUGAUCUUUUUGUAACUCCACUUUUGUAUUCGGGUGAGACAGCAGUAUUCUGUCGUUAUAUCGCAGGCUUCUUCUACUUCUUCUACUGAUAUUCUGUUUUUGUAACUCCACUUUUGUAUUUGGUAUUGAGACAGCAGUAUUCUGUCGUUAUAUCGCAGUCUUCUUCUACUAUCUUUUUUGUAAUCUUUUUUUUGAGACAGCAGUAUUCUGUCGUUAUAUCGCUCCACUGAUCUUUUUGUAUUCGGGUGAGACAGCAGUAUUCUGUCGUUAUAUCGCAGUCUUCUUUACUGAUCUUUUUGAUCAGUAUUUUUUUUGUAACUUCUACUGAUCUUUUUGUAACUUUUGUAUUCGGGUGAGACAGUCAGUAUUCUGUCGUUAUAUCGUCGUUAUAUCGCAGUCUUCUUCUACUGAUCUUUUUUGUAACUCCACUUUUGUAUUCGGGUGAGACAGCAGUAUUUUGUCGUUAUAUCGCAGUCUUCUUCUACUGAUCUUUUUUGUAACUCCACUUUUGUAUUCGGGUGAGACAGCAGUAUUCUGUCGUUAUAUCGCAGUCUUCUUCUACUGAUCUUUUUUGUAACUCCACUUUUGUAUACAUGUAUCUAUUUUUGUUUCUGUGCAUCAGAUUCCAUAAAUUAUUAUACAACAACAAUUUUAUUGCACAUCAAACUGAUAACAAGGAAUAAAAGUAGACUGAAAAAGAAAAAGGAAAUUAUUAAUUCAUUUCAUGCAACCCACAGUUAGCUUUAUUUAAUUAAGGCGGGUGUGGAGAAGAAAUAAACAUAAGAAAAACUAGAUGUAAAAAUAUUUUUGUGUAGGGAACAAAAUUUGAAGUUUAAACUUGAUACCCAGCACAGCUUAAUUAUUUGCUAAAUUUACAUGUGAAUGUUGAUUUUGAUUGCCAAUUUGUGUUUGUAGGAGUUUGGUGCACUGCAGUAUAGAAAGUUUGCCUACCUUGUGGAACAACUUAAAGACAGGUUUGGUAUUAUGUAAUCUUUUACGUGCUGUUUAAAUAUUAUAAAUACUUAAUAAAAUAAUAUUACAUGUUAAAUAAUAAGUAUGUGUAAUCAAAUGGUGACGAGUGAAAUUAGGGAAUAAUUUCACACGCGUUUUUCCAAAUCCUAAUAAUUUCCUGAGCUUUUAAUUUCCCAAGCCUUUAGGCGAGGGAAAUUAUUAGGAUUUGGAGAAAACACAAGUGAAAUUUUUUCACGAGUACACCAUUUGAUUACCUAUUAAUAUCAUGGGUGACGAAUUACGUUAGCAAUCUUGGAAUUUUGACAUGUUUAUCCGGGAUUGUAUUGAUCGAGAACUCCACUCUCUCAAAUGUUUAGACCUUAAAUUUGGCUUAUAAAGUUCAGAAUUUUUCAGACUUUUUCGGAAUAAUACCUGUUAGAAUCCUUCUAGAUGUUCUCUUGUGUGUUCAGGUUUUCUAAAGCGUCUUUUUGUGCCCUGACAUCUUCAUUUACGGUAUUUUAAAACCUCGUCGCCAUCUUGACACUGACACAUACGGAAGGGUUGCCAUGGCAAUUUUGUAGUUUCACAUGUGAAAUUACAAAUUAAUGCUAAAAUUUCACGCCAAAAUUAAGGAGUAAUUGGUCACUUUUGAUAUUAUACAUGUAACAUGUACAGUAUUAAUAUUGAAAUAGCAGUGUUGCUUGAGUGGAGGUUGGGUGUUAUGGAUAUCCAGUGUGGCUUAUCAUUCCUUGAAGUGGCAGUGGGGGCUAUUAAAGACCUUAAGAUCAAGGUUUGACCAUCUUACUGCAAAUGGCAAACCAUGGUUGUCGGUUAGCGUUUCCUCAUUACCAGUCUGUCCAUAUUUGGGAGUUAAGAUUCACAUGUGGUAGCUUGAAGCUGCCAUGUUUGUUUUUAUCCAUUCGUUCACUCCUAUUCAAGCUGAGAAAUCAACCUCAGAAUUACUCUUGUAUGAAAAGAAUUCGAUGUUAUUUCUAAGCGAAAGGAUUCUGAAAAGUAGUAUAUCCUCUCAAACAUGGGAUCAUUAUGUAUACACCUCGCUGUAAGUCACUUACCCUAUAGAGCAUGGUCUAGCCAUACAAACGUGAACAUCAAACUACAAACCUGACAGCAAGGCACUGGUCACAUGACUUCUUGGUGUUUGCGGUUCUCGGAAAAUGCCAAAAAAUCUUGAUCUUAAGGUCUCUAUUGUUUCCAUGACCAACAAAAUCCUGCAACUUUUAUAGCAAUAGUAGUCCCUCAGCAAUCAUACCAUAAACUGCAAAUUCUUGUUUUAAACUUACAGCUGUACAUGCACAUGUAUAUCUCUGGAGGGAGAAAAAGGGUAUUAGAGAGGUUCAUGUAUGAAAUAGUAUGGAAAAGAAUGUCUUUCCCUAUCAGUGACCCCAUCCUUGAAGACCCAGUUGCAGUCAGUCAGGUCGGGAGAAAAGGUGCAACGAAAGUACUUGAGAAGGCCUUUUCUCCCGGCGUGAAUUGACUGCCCCUGGUUCUCCGAGGAUGCAAAGACCUGUGAGCCCAAAAAAACAAACCCCUACUGUAGUAUGAUCAGGGGGGUAAUCAAUCCCAAAAUAUAUUGAUAUUUAAUUAAGCUCCUGAAAUUACAGUACCUCUCCAUUUACUUUUACAAUGAAUAGUACAAUACGUUCAAGUCUGACCGAUUUUGUAAAAUCGCACACAUCUGUGUCUGCUGCUUGAUGCGACAAAGUACAGAGGAAACACUGAUUAAGGAUAGAAAUCGUUGUAUCAUCCUGGACACCAAGGGUGCUUUUGAUUGAUCGUAUCAAAUCUCUUGUAACGUGAUUUUUUGUCCACUCAAAUGCUACAGACAUCAGAAUAUUUUCUUUCAAGCAUAUUUCUAGAUAUUGCAGUGCAAUGAAUGUUAUUUUUAGAGGUUCCUUCCAUUUAUUCUUAUCCCGGCACACCAUCAAUCGAACAGGCCCUGAUUAAAGAACGGCAGCUGGAAGAUAGGAGUUUCCUCUGUAUGGCAUGCUUCUUUUUCUUGGGAAAAAGUGUAAAGCUCUUUGAUUUCCUUUGACAUUCUUUGGUUUCAUGCGGCAAAAAAAGUCGGAACAGGAACAUCCACAGGAUGUCAACAUUUGUUGUUGCUGAUAAGUUGUCAAUCAACUGUGAUCAAGUGUAAUAUCACAAUGCAAUCACAAAAUUAUAAUGGUAAAAAUGUUAACAUAUUUAGUUUUUUAAUGUCACGUACAGUGAUACGUCAUUUAUGAUUAUGAUAGAGGAUGUCAAAAACGAUAAAAAUUGUUGGGUCUGAAACUUAAAUAUUCAGCAAAAAUGUCCCCAAUUUGCCUGGGUGAGAUUGCCCUUGGUACAGUGUUAAAAAUAAUUAUUUUUUUGUUUUUACUUUAAUCUUAUAAUUACCUUAAUGCAUUACUACCUUUUUAACUUUUUAAAGACAAAAUGUUUUGAAAUUUUAGUCAUAUUUAACGCCCUUGAUUCCAAUAAAGAAUGCCAGUUAAAUAAACACACUUCAAAAAAGCUUAAAGAAAUAAAAUGUUCCACAAGGGUUAAAAUAAAAGGUUAAUUCAGUUCGGAUUGAAUUUAUGAUACACUCUACACUCUACACUCUACACUUUAGCCUUCCAUAACCUCUUCACACCAACUUGUGAUGCUGAGAACUUAUUUGUCCUUUAGGCAACUUAAAAGUAAUAAUAAUAUUAUUAAUGUGAAAAUAUUUAAAUGAUAACCUACUAACUAGGCUAGCACUACCAUGUCAAAACUUGUCAACUAUUUGUUGAUUUUCUUGUGCCACAGGGUGAAAGGCCAGCAUCCACCCCCCAAUUUAGAAAACGUUCUGUCGCCUUGUCUUGCUCACUCUAACAAGAAAGGAAAACUCGCACUUGUCUGAUGUGCAUAGAGUCUCUCUGUUAGUAUUUUGCAGUUGCUUGUUAGUAUGUUCUUUCCAUCCCUAACGUCUUGUAAUGUGUUGAAUAUAACUCAGAACUCAUACUUGGUCCUUAUUAAGAAUUUAAUGUUUCGCAUAGGGAAGAUUUUUGAAAGAAUGUAUUUUUUAAUGACGUUUUUGUUGCUGCUCUCAAUGUAUAACUGUAAAACACCCUUGGGUUAACAGACUGAAACAAAAUAAACGUCCACAUUAAAGAACCAUUUUAAAUAUCCGAACGUAUAAAAUCAUACAUAUUAUGAAAGCAUAAAUUCCAGGUUGUCACUAAGAUUUCAAGUUGCCAGGUAAAUACAACAAGUAGGCGGGGAAUCAAACAGCUAGGAAUUUCUUUCGGUUCCAUUUUUCUCUUAUUUUGCUUCAAAAGCAGCCGGGGAAGAUUAGUAGCCGGGGAAAACCCCCAGCCCCCUCCUCUUAAUGACAGCCCUGUCAUAAAACAUAGUAUACAUGAAGUCCAUAACGUACGUAGUAACUUUAACAAAGAAGAUAACAGUUUCGAUCCUUUCGAAAUAUUUAAUUUUACAAAACUAAUGAUGGCUAAGUUUGUGCAGAAAAAUUAAUGUUUAAAUCAUGAUCCAUUGUUUUGAGCAUAAGAACUAUUUUUUUUUUGUGGCCUUUCUUGGACCCUUGUCAGGGUGUAACAUAAUAAAAUUAAGUUUAUAUCAAUUAUUUUGUUUGUCUACAGUCUUUGCCUUGCAUCUUUUAAUAUUAGGGAUUAUACAGAGAGAAAAGUAAUGUAAAUAAAUAAUUUAGGUAAAAACGCUGUUAAAAUUGAGCUAAUUAAUAGAACUCUAUAGCUUGUAUGUUUUGCUUUCCCAUUGUAGGUCAUGUUUUUUCAAGGGAAUUUGCCGAGUGUUUUAACAAAAAAGCGUAUAUGUUCUUGUGAAUAAGAUAAAAUUGGAAACAGUUGUCUUCAUGUGUAAUAACGUUUUGUCACUUGAUCUAUUGCCUAUUGAUAUAUUGCCUAUUGAUAUCGUGAAAAUGAAACCCUAUCUCGCCAAAAUCGCAAAAUUAAGUAUCCGCGAGGUUAAUUGCCAGCAAGUUAGCUACCACUCAAAUGAAUGUCAAACGUUGUGUAUAAAUUGUAACCUGUUCAUUACACCUACAAAUCGAUAGCUGUUGAUCUUCUAUAUAUAACAAUGAAUAGUUGUUUUUUAUUGUUGUCAUUAAUUUUGCCAGGGUGCGCCUUUAUGUCAAUGUGCCUGGGAGCCUGAUAGUUGCUGGAAAUAGUAAAAGGCCAAUCAGAAAACCACCAUCAAGCACCAAGAUGGAGCCAGCAGCAAGUAUCGAAAUAAGAACUCCAGAUGAUGUUCAAGCUGAAGGUGCUACUAAGAUGACUGCAAGUGGAACAAUAAGCUUGUAGAGAUUUUUUUGACGUGUUUGAACACUAUUUGGAUGUAAAAUAAUUAUUAAAGAGGAGACAGUGUUUCAUCCAAUACCCAGACCCAAGGAAGUGUGUUAAUACCACACGGCCCCGUCAGUUUUUUUAAGACCCACUUUGAACUGUAUGGAUAGCAGAUGAAACAUUGGACAGUGGACAGGUUUCAGUAAAGCCUUUCAAGUCUCAAGGGUCAAGGCGGUGCUCUGAAAAAAAAUUGAAAGGAGUCUAGUACCCUAAACCUAUGAGAUCCAGGGUGCCCAGCAUAUGAUUUCUAUAAAAAAACUAAUAUUUUCUAUUCACUCGGCAGCAAAAGUUGGGCGCCAGGGGCCACCGGUCUCUGUUAGAGCACAGCCCUGAACAUGAUCAACGUCACUUUUCUCCUAAACCAGAAAGAAAGAGAAAGAAAGAAUUUAGGCAAUAGGAGUUAAUGGGAAAUGCUUUGAUCUCAGCUUAUUCUUUAAGGAAAUGUCUGGAGAUGUAGAGAAAUAAUGUAUCACAUGGAUUUUUGGGCUUAAAGGGAUAGCCUCUCAAAUUAGCAAUAAUAUUUACAGAAUUUCAAAGCUUAACUUUGCAAUGAUUUUGUGAGAGCUAAUAUCCUCCUAUAUGGAAGUAAUUUGUAACUGCUUUUUUUAAUGAAUUAGCAGCUAGUUUGAGUGCAAUAUAAUAUCAAUGGCGGCAAAAGACAACACUUACAGGUCGCUAAGGACAACACUUAUAGGACAGAAUGCGUGUGGCAAUCCAGUUUAACCCUUUAAACCGUGAUAUCAAGAUUUAAAUUCUCAUUUGUUGUCUCCAUACACUUCCUUCUAGAAGUAGUGGGGAGAAGUUGUUAGAGUAUCAAUUGAAUUCAUCUUGUGUGAUCAAUCCCUUAAUUCUUGUGACCAUAAUGUUUUAUGGAGCAAAGAAAAUUGAUGCUGAUCACACUUAAGGCUUAAAGGGUUAAAGAAAGAAAAUUGAUGGAAGGCCAUUCCUAAAUCAUUUUCACUCUACAACUUUUAGCAGGGUGGAACACCAUGGGUAAGAGAAAUUUGGUUACCUAUUCACCAAAGAAAUGUUGGUUCUCACGAAAUUAUCCAUCCACCAUUUUCACACCGACAGUGAUGCAUAUUUUUUACCCCCCAAAAUUUUGCAUUAGGGUAAAAACGGAAAUCGAAGACAUUGGUUAUGCAAAAUUUUAGGGGUUAACAAGGUGCAUUAUGGUCUAUUUGAAAAUGAUAAAUUCGUACCUAGAGAACGUAUGUACGCAUGUACGUCCGUUAAGGGGGGGGGGCUUAAAAUGUCUUACUUACAACCUGAAAAGUGCAAGGCAUAUACAAAUUGUGUCCCAUCUCGUACCCAGAGUCUUGCCGACGUCCAAAAAGCCAGAAGACUCUGGGUACAAGAUUGACUUGUGUUUAACUGGAUAUUACAUGGGUUAACUCUUACUGUCCCAACAGCAUGCACUCUCAUUGGUUACCUCAGGUCACAUGAUAUCUAACAAUGAAGAUUGUUUCUCUGAGCGGGCAACAUUGCAAGGUUUACGAUGUUUUUCUUUUAUAAGAGGCCUACAUAAUGUUUGAUGAUGCUGUAGAUAGAAAACAAGGCUUUCUAUACUAUAAAAUGUCAUUUGUGAAAUGUCAUUUUGAGAUUUUUUGCCAUCUUUGUUUUUAAUGAUAAAAACUCCCCCCACCCCUUUAUUGGGCUU